CUUUAUCUCCCUCUCUUUACAUAUACAUAGAACUUUCUAUCUCUAUAAUUUUCUAUAAUAAUAAUAAUAAUAAUCAUAUAUGCAGGUAGAUAUAAAAACCAUAACCAUUUAAUCCAAAUAUAUAGAAUAGUAAUAAAAAGGAAGAAAACAAUAGAAUAGCUGAACGCCGGACAUCGGGGUUUGAUUGCCGCAUCACGAACCACGAACCAAGAACCAAGAUUCCGGUAUGGUUGAGGGGUCGGCGCCGAUUGUACAGGUAGGAUUCGGGGUCGGCGUCGAGAGCCCAUACCCCAUGCUCUAACUUUGCAAUCCACAAAACCCUUUCAUACUCUCUUGUAAACAUAUAUACAAAAAAAAAAAAAAAAGUAGAUAAGCCCUUUAUUCUCUGCAAAAACCCAAUCAAAUCAAAACAUGUCUGUUAUUCUCCGGGUCUUACCCGACAUAGCAAUCCUAACCAGACAUCUUUCAACCCAAACCCGACCUCUAUUUCGCCUCAACAGCAUAAUCCUUAAACCCCUUUUCACAAAAUCUUUUACUUCUGUUUCUGCUUCAAUAACGGAACCUGUGGUCACUAAUCAGCCCACAGCUGCCAAAGAACAAAGACGAGAAUCCGUACCCAGAUCCAUUCAUGAAACCAGUAAUCUUGAAUGGGUCAACCGAAAUGGGCUGUGUGGGGAACUGUGUGAAAAUGAUGUGGGUAAACGGGUCAGAUUAUGUGGGUGGGUUGCACUUCAUAGAGGUCAUGGUGGACUUACUUUUGUUAGUCUUAGAGACCAUUCUGGGAUUGUUCAGGUCACUACACUUCCGAACGAAUUCCCUGAAGCUCAUUCUAUGGUGAAUGACUUGAGACUUGAGUAUGUAGUUUCUAUAGAAGGUGUUGUACGGCUGCGUCCUAGUGAUUCGGUUAAUGUAAACAUGAAGACUGGCAUGAUAGAGGUCACUGCAGAGCAAGUCCAGGUGUUGAAUUCGGUGAGGGCUAAAUUACCGUUUUUGGUUACCAGCUCAGAUGAUGCUAAAGAUUCUAUAAAAGAGGAGAUUCGCUUGAGAUACCGUUGCCUUGAUUUACGUCGACCACAAAUGAAUUCCAACAUCAUGCUGCGACAUCAAGUAGUGAAGCUUAUCCGACGGUAUUUAGAAGAUGUGCAUGGUUUUGUGGAGAUUGAGACUCCAAUACUCUCUAGGUCAACUCCUGAAGGUGCUCGGGAUUAUUUGGUUCCGUCAAGAGUUCAGCCAGGAACGUUCUAUGCUUUGCCUCAAAGUCCACAGCUGUUCAAGCAAAUGCUUAUGGUCUCUGGUUUUGACAAAUACUAUCAAAUAGCAAGGUGUUUUAGGGAUGAAGAUUUAAGGGCAGAUAGACAACCUGAAUUCACACAACUGGAUAUGGAGUUAGCUUUCACUCCUCUUGAGGACAUGUUAAGCCUCAACGAAGAUCUGAUUAGAAAGGUUUUUCUGGAUAUAAAAGGUGUUGAGCUACCAAAUCCUUUCCCAAGGCUUACAUAUGCUGAAGCAAUGAGUCGUUAUGGUUCUGACAGGCCAGACACCCGUUUUGAUCUUGAACUCAAAGAUGUAUCUGAUAUUUUCUCAGAUUCUUCUUUCAAAGUUUUCACAGAUGCUAUAAAUGAUGGUGGAAUUGUCAAAGUAAUCUGUGUGCCUUCAGGAGCCAAAGCUUUUUCUAACACUGCUCUGAAGAAAGGUGACAUUGUAAGUGAAGCAAUCAAAUCUGGGGCAAAGGGUUUGCCAUUUUUGAAGAUCUUGGAAGAUGGUCAACUUGAAGGGGUUCCUGCACUAACAUCAAGCUUGGAUCCCACGAAAAAAGAACUAUUUCUAAAAAGAUGUGAGGCUGGACCGGGUGAUCUUAUUUUGUUUGCCGUGGGUCCUAGUGUAUUGGUUAACAAAACUUUAGACCGGCUCAGGAUGUAUGUAGCUACCAUGUUGGGCUUGGUUGACAAUUCUAAGCACUCUAUCUUGUGGGUAACAGAUUUCCCCAUGUUUGAAUGGAAUGACAUUGAGCAGAGGCUUGAGGCACUUCAUCACCCAUUUACUGCGCCAAAUCCGGAAGACAUGAACGAUCUUGCUUCUGCUCGUGCUUUAGCUUAUGACAUGGUCUACAAUGGAGUCGAGAUCGGUGGAGGAAGUUUAAGAAUUUUUAGGCGCGAUGUCCAGCAAAGGGUUCUAGAGAUCGUUGGCAUUGCCCCUGAGCAGGUGUUAUAUCAGGCUGAAGCAAAGUUUGGAUAUCUACUAGAGGCUUUGGACAUGGGUGCUCCCCCACAUGGAGGAAUUGCUUUUGGGUUAGAUCGACUGGUGAUGCUACUGAGUGGUAGCAGUUCAAUAAGGGACGUGAUAGCCUUUCCCAAAACCACCACGGCACAAUGUGCUCUUACUCAUUCACCUUCAGAGGUUGAUCCUCAACAACUCCGAGACCUCUCUUAUCGUCUUCAGUAGAGGUAGCAUCACAUAGGUGGUAGGCAUGGUUCAGAGCAAGUUGGAAUUAGCUGCUGGUCUCUUCGGCAGAAUAUGACAUAUGUGACUAGGCAUUCUUGCAUUUAGAAAUCUGCUGGGAGUAUUUUUUAUGGGUUGUUUCCAGUUUAGUUAGCUGCAAAUGUGUAGAGAAAGCUUGGUUUAUUUCCCUUUUCUUUAAAUUUUUUUUGGGGAUGGUUAAUAAUUGGUGCGUUGUGCCUAUCGCGUCUUAUGAACUCGUCUUAAUAAAGUACAUUCCAUUCGAAAGGUUGUUAGAUUC